CUUUUCUUCCUAGAUUCAGUACAAAGUUUUAUUUUUGCAUAUAGUGUACACAUUUUACUUGGAGGUGAUAAAAUAUUUAGAUUUAGUGGAAGUGAAUUUUUAUUUUAUCUGCAGGAUUUUAAGAAUGUGAUUUUUCUCAAGAUUUAAAAAAAACUUGACUACCUCAUCUUCUGCAGUUACUUCCUUUCUUCCUUUCAUUAAAAUUGGGAAUGCAUUGACAAAGCUGAAAGGUUUCUGGAAUCCCAGGUUCUUGGGUGGAGAUCUUUCAUUCAAGGAUGGCAGCUGUUGCCUCAGCAACUACUGGUAUAGAGGCAACCUCUACCAACAACAAUGAUUCAGCAGAAAACAACAACAACAGCAACAGCUGCGGGAAGGGUAAGGAGAUCAAGCUGCCCCCCGUCUCAACUAUAUCCAACAAUUCCUUUCUCUGGGAUCCAGAUGUGGACGGGGAUAUGGUUAAUAUGCCCCUAGCACCACAGCUUGUGACCGAGGUUGACCCUAACGACCUGACCGACCUGUCUGAGCUGGUGGGACCUGAGUUGGCCACACUGGUCAGUCCGAACUCAGACUCUUCAGAAUCCAGCAUGUCCCAUGACAUGAGAGAUUUGAACGGGUCUGAACUAUUUACAACCGGUUUUAGUUUGGAAUUAGACCGGUUUCUGGGCGAAUACAGCGGAGAACAACAACAACAAACAUUCAAGAAAGUUAUAAUUGCCCGCAAAGCCGGGACACAAACAACUCCAGAAAACAACAACAAUCUGCGGAAUACAGAGUUUGGUUUGGUUGGAACACUGGGGUUCAAUGAGAACAUUUCCAAGGCAUUAUUAUUGCAACACAGAGAGUUUCGAGAAGGCAUUAAUCACUCAAAUGGUGGCAUUCACUCUCCACUCUCCACUCACUCAAAUCACAGUAUAAUAAACUCGAAGCAGGAAUCUGUUACACUCAGUGUAAUGCGAGACAGAUGUAGAGAUAAAUUAAUGAAAAGAUGUGGAGUAACUAAAACGAUUUCCCCUCCGACCAUUAAACUAGAACCUUUAGAGGAUCCCAACCAAUCCCAGCAACCCGAUUCAAGCAGUGAUAUCAGAAACAAGAACAAGAUAAAGCAGGAAACCUUCGUGAAACAAGAACCUUGGGAUGUAGAGGUGAAGGGGGAACCAUCAUCCUCUAGCAACCAUAUUGUCCUCCAGAGGUUGAAGAGGGCGGGGGAGGAGGAGGGUGUCCUCCAGAGGUUGAAGAGGUUGGGUGAGGAUGAUCGAAGUAAGAAAGUAGAAGAAGAAGAAGAAGAAGAAGAAGAGGAAUUGCCAAGUAUUGGAGAGGAAGAUAUUGAUAAUGUUAUCGGAUCUUUGGAAUAUAUCGGAAGUCAGAUGAUAAGAAGUGAUGAAGGGAAAACUGUUGCUCAAUGGAUGAUUUCAGGUAAAUCCUCUCCUUCCUCCACUGGUAAACCUGGAGAUAUCGACGCUAUCUCUUCUUCUCAGAGCUCAGACGAUAACAGGGUUCGGAGUUUAGGAGUGACUGGUCCUGAUUCUCCAGGAGUAUUCUCACACUUUUACCAGACCGGACAGAGUAGACAACAGAAUUAUUCCUUGAUGUACAAUUAUUCUCAUCAGUAUCGAGAGCACAAUAACACCAGUCUGCCUUCACUUCUCUCUUCGUUUAACUCUUCAGGGGUUAAUAUUGGUCACGUUCAACAUAAUUCACAGACGGAGUAUACUGGAAGUAGUCCCGGAUAUCCUGGGUUUCCAAGUUCCCUGAAGCUGGGGAAACGGAAGAAGCCCCGGCCUCCUAAAAUUGGUCCUGAUGGUAUACCCUGUAAGAGAAAGAGUAGAGAAGGAACAACGACAUAUCUUUGGGAGUUUCUGCUAAAGCUUCUUCAGGAUAAGGAUUGUUGUCCUAAAUAUAUAAAAUGGAGUAACAGAGAGAAGGGAAUAUUUAAGCUUGUGGACAGCAAGGCUGUGAGUCGGCUCUGGGGUCUGCAUAAGAACAAGCCAGACAUGAACUAUGAAACCAUGGGCAGGGCAUUGAGGUACUAUUACCAGCGAGGUAUUCUGGCUAAAGUUGACGGACAACGACUAGUUUAUCAGUUUGUUGAUGUUCCAAAGAUCGGAGAAAUUGUUGAGGUUGAUUGUAAUCAGCUAUAGAUUCGUAGUCAGCUGUUGAAAUCAAUAUCAGCUGCUAAUGGUUAUCAGCUACUGAUUUUGAUCAGCUGCUAAUUGUAAUCAGCUGUAGAUUGUCAUCAGCUGCAGAUUUUAAUCAGCUGUAAUCAACUACUGAUUGUGAUCAGUUGCUGAUAUUGAUCAGAUGCUGAUUAUGAUCAGCUGAAGGUUUUAAAAAGCUAAAAUUGUAAUAAUCAGCCAGGGCCGCACUGAUCAGCUCUAAAAUCAGCUUUAAAUUAAUUACACGUUGAAAAAUCAAUCAGAGCUGUUUUCAAAGAAAUUUCAUUCUUUAACAUUCUUGUUGUACAAUGUAUGUUGUUAUUGUACAUUCAUUGUCAAAACAUACCAAUUUACGUAACAAGAAAGGCCAAGUAAAAUGAACCUGUUUUUAUACAAUUUUAUACAAAUAUUUCUAUUUCAAUAUACAUUCCCGGUGAAUCGUUUUUUUUGGCGCAAGCAGCAACAAGAAAACUUUUUUUUAUAUUUUAAUUUUUAUUGAAUUUUGUUUAUUUUGCUAAUUCAGAAAUUUAGAUAAUCUUGCUAUUUUUACGAAAUCAGCAAGGGACACCUUCUUGAGCUGAGGUUGAUUCCGAAUUUGAGUCACAUUUAGAUUUAGUCAGUUAUACAUACACUUGUUAUCUUAUACACAGAAUUGUAAACACAAAAAUUUAUUUUUAUUUAAUGAAGUUUUAGAAAGAAUAACUUUCACAUCACAUUUGUACGGCAUUAAGUAUUUUAUAGCGUAGACAGUCGACGCCAUGAUGAUUUUGAAAUAUUCGAUUUGGAACUUUUUUCCAACACAACUUGAAUCAUUUUGAUUUAACGAGUUUUUAAUCUGAUUUUACCGUUCAUGUUUUUCUUUUUAACUCAGUCAUUUUUUAAAUUAUAAUGAGGGCAUUAUACAGAGGAUAAAUUACUAGACUGACUGCGGUUUCAUAAAAAGCCAAAAAACCAACAAACCUAUAUUUAAAUUCUUAACUUAGCUUGCUUUUUUACAGUGUUAACUGAAAAUCUUUAGAAAGUCCUCUUUGCUUUGCUUGUAGAAAUCGAUACUUUUUCACUUUUGUUAUUGUUAUUGUUGUUUUAUGAUUAAAUGCUUAUUUUUAUAUAAUUUG